AGUGCAGGCUGCUAUCAGUAGAGGGAGCAGUUACAUAUGAGCUCUGGGCUGGCGAUGCUAGGUCUCGAUGUUGCUCUGCUCAUUCCAGGACGGUAGUUAUGAUCUCAGACAUCUAGGUCCGUGUCUCAAUGUUUCUCUGCUCAUUCUAGGACGGUAGUUAUGAUCUCAGACAUCUAGAUGGCCUAUCCAAAAAGUCACAACCCCUUUGCAGAAGAUGACGAAGAGGAAGACUUCAGACCCAAAGCUAGAGGAGUGAGCCAUGAUGAUUUCGGUGACAGGAACAUGACUGAUGCUGAGAGGAGACAACAAUACCUCCAACAGCAAGUGAUGCGUACUGCUCAGUCUGCAGUCGACAGCAGUUACCGCUCGCUUGGCAUGAUUUAUGAAUCGGAGAAGAUAGGAGUGGAGACAGCUGAGGAGUUGAUGCGUCAGGGAGAAGUCCUGAAGAGGACGGACAAGGCGCUGGACAACAUGGAUCAGGACCUGAAGACCAGCCAGAGGCACAUCAACAGUAUCAAGAGCGUUUGGGGCGGACUGGUCAACUAUUUCAAGGGCAAACAAGAGACGCAGCCACCUCCUGAAGAAACCCAAAAAUAUGAAGCCAAUGAAAGAUUACAGUCUGCCCUGUCCAACAGUCGUGCCAAUGACGACAAGUAUCAGGCCAGUCACCCUAAUCUGCGGAAAUUGGAGACAGGAGGUUUCGGAGCCUCUGCUUCUUUUGACGGCAGCUCGUCCACACAGAACAACUAUUCCAAGAACCAACACCUUCGACAAGCUCACCAGACGCUGGACAACAACCUUGACGACAUGUCUGAAGGUUUGAAGAGACUGAAGAAUCUUGGAUUGGGCCUGCAGUCUGAGAUCGAGAGUCAAGAUGACUCCAUCGACUCUCUGCUCAACAAAGUGGACAAGAUGGACCUGAAGAUUCACAACACAAACCAACAGAUAAAGAACCUUAAAUAACAGAGACAGAACUAGUUGAUAUAUUAAAUUGUCCUGUAAACUCUUAAGUUUGUUCCAUUUCACGUCAUGUCACAUGACUGGCCAUCUAGUAAGAAGUUGAAUGUUCCACUGCUGAGCAUUGAGCACACUGAGCAUUUUCCUUUUGUUGACAGUUAUGUCAUCAUAGUGGAUGCCUAAUUCACCACUGCCUUACAAAUCAUUGUCUAUCUAUUUACUUUUGUUUGUCUUAAAGGAUGUGCUUUUCACUCUCCACAAGAUUUCCUUAAAGUCCAUGUUGUCUUUCUGUCAUCAUAUAGCCAUAUGGUUUAUUAAAAAAUGUCUACAUGUUUAUGAAAGAGGCCAACAAAUGUAAUGUGGACGUGUAUUCUGGCAAACAUAAUUCACAAUUCUGCAGAAUUGGGAUUGUUCCCGUGAAAAUAAGAUACUUGAAUAUAAACAUUUUUUUAUGUCAAGACAUUUCACAGACACAUAAAGACAGACUGGGAGCAGUGAUGUCAAAG